UUUCUAUCCGUUUCGUUUGGUUGACUUUGAGUAUUUUCGUGUUUAUAAGAACACGUUAUUGUAAUCCCACUAAAUUGGGAGUUACACAAUUUGUAAACAUAAUAUUUUCCUUUGACAGAGUGAAGACAGGGCGGCUUGAAAGGUGGAAUUCAACACUUCGGAGUAACCCGAGCACCUUGCUAACUAGUAACGUUAACGUAGUAGGCUAACGUUAGUUCGGGAGGGGAGCCGUUCCAACGAAACCAUGGGGAACCGGGGGAUGGAAGAUUUGAUCCCCCUUAUCAACAAACUUCAGGACGCGUUCAGUUCCAUCGGCCAGAGCUGUAACUUGGAUUUACCGCAAAUUGCUGUGGUCGGUGGGCAGAGUGCUGGAAAAAGCUCGGUCUUGGAAAAUUUCGUUGGCAGGGAUUUUCUUCCUCGAGGAUCAGGCAUUGUCACCCGUAGACCUCUGAUCCUGCAGCUGUGCUUUAACAAAGCCGAGUAUGCAGAGUUCCUACACUGUAAAGGGAGGAAGUUUGUGGACUUUGAGGAGGUCCGGGCGGAGAUUGAGGCGGAGACAGACAGGAUCACAGGCUCCAACAAGGGCAUCUCCCCCAUCCCCAUCAACCUCCGGGUCUACUCCCCUAACGUGUUAAACCUGACUCUGAUCGACCUGCCGGGGAUGACUAAGGUGGCAGUGGGAGACCAGCCGCUGGACAUAGAGCACCAGAUCAGAGACAUGCUGCUGCAGUUCAUCACCAAGGAGAGCUGCCUCAUCCUGGCCGUCACCCCCGCCAACCAGGACCUGGCCAACUCCGACGCCCUCAAGAUUGCCAAGGAGGUGGACCCACAGGGUUAUAUCGGCGUGGUGAACCGCAGUCAGAAGGACAUAGAUGGCAGGAAGGACAUCCGCGCUGCGCUGGCUGCUGAGAGGAAGUUCUUCCUGUCUCACCCGGGCUACAGACACAUGGCCGAGCGCAUGGGCACCCCACACCUGCAGAAACAACUAAACCAGCAACUGACCAACCACAUCAGGGACACUCUGCCUGGGCUGCGCAGUAAGCUGCAGAGCCAGGUGCUCUCCCUGGAGAAAGAGGUGGAGGAGUACAAGAACUUCCGUCCCGACGACCCCACACGCAAGACCAAGGCCCUGCUGCAGAUGGUGCAGCAGUUUGGGGUGGACUUUGAGAAGCGUAUCGAGGGUUCUGGGGACCAGGUGGACACGGCGGAGCUGUCGGGUGGUGCCAAAAUCAACCGGAUCUUCCAUGAGCGCUUCCCCUUCGAGCUGGUCAAGAUUGUGUUUGAUGAGAAGGAGUUGAGGAGGGAGAUCAGUCAUGCCAUCAAGAAUGUCCAUGGUGUCAGAACGGGGUUGUUCACCCCUGACCUGGCCUUCGAGGCCAUAGUCAAAAAGCAGAUCCUCAAACUGAAAGAGCCCAGCCUGAAAUGUGUGGAUCUGGUGGUGUCUGAGCUGACCGCGCUCGUCAUGAAGUGUUCCGUCAAGCUGGGUUCUUACCCCCGGCUGAGAGAGGAGACAGAGAGGAUCGUCACCACCUACGUCAGAGAGCGAGAGGGCAAGACCAAGGACCAGGUGAUGCUGCUGAUUGACAUUGAGUUGUCCUACAUCAACACCAACCACGAGGACUUUAUAGGCUUCGCCAAUGCCCAGCAGAGAAAUACACAUCAGAACAAGAAGAGGGCCAUUCCUAACCAGGGUGAGAUUCUGGUCAUCCGCAAAGGCUGGCUCACCAUCAACAUCAGCAUCAUGAAGGGAGGCUCCAAGGAGUACUGGUUCAUCCUGACCGCAGAGUCACUAUCCUGGUACAAGGAUGAGGAGGAGAAAGAGAAGAAGUACAUGCUUCCCCUAGAUAACCUCAAGCUGAGGGAUGUGGAGAAAGGCUUCAUGUCCACCAAACACGUAUUUGGCGUCUUCAACACUGAAUCCAGGAAUGUGUAUAAGGACCUGCGUCAGAUUGAGCUGGCCUGUGACACCCAGGAGGAUGUGGACAGUUGGAAAGCCUCCUUCCUGAGGGCUGGGGUCUACCCUGAGAAGGACCAGGUGGACACUGAGGAUACGGCCCCAUCAGAAACCUUCUCCAUGGACCCCCAGCUGGAGAGGCAGGUGGAGACCAUCCGUAACCUAGUGGACUCCUACAUCGGCAUCGUCAACAAGUCCAUCAGGGACCUCAUGCCCAAGACCAUCAUGCACCUCAUGAUCAACAGCGCUAAGGACUUCAUCCACUCAGAGCUGCUGGCCUACCUGUACUCGUCAGGUGACCAAAACAGCCUGAUGGAGGAGUCAGCUGACCAGGCGCAGCGCCGCGACGAGAUGCUCCGCAUGUACCACGCCCUCAAGGAGGCACUGCACAUCAUCGGUGACAUCACCACCACCACCGUGACGGUCCCCGUGCCGCCGCCCGUCAAUGACAGCUGGAUGCAGGAAGCCAGUCCUACCCCUCAGCGCCGCCCCCCAGCCGCAGCAGCCCCUCCCCCAAGCCGUCCUCCGGCAGUGAGUGGCCCAAGGCCGGGACCACCCCUCAACCCCUCCCCAGCGUUUGGGGGACCCCCCAUCCCCUCUCGCCCGGGCCCGCCGCCCAUUAACGCCUUUGGCAGCAACAACCAUCAGGACCCUUUCAGUGCCCCCCCACUGAUCCCCUCUCGGCCCGCUCGCAUCCCCCCUGGCGUGCCCAGCCGAAGACCCCCUGGCGCUCCUCACCGGCCCACCAUAAUCCGCCCUGCUGAGCCCUCCCUGCUAGACUAGACUACCCAGUAGAACCAGCCAGGCUCACCUGUGUGUGUGUGUGUGUGUGUGUGUGAGACUAUGUGUGUACUGGGGCCAGAGGGGAGGGCUAGAGAGCAGGGGAGGAGGGGGCCCUUAUACAGUAUCUAUGCACAUUGAUAAAUGCUAUUUCAACCAGACGUAUCUAAUGUAGUCGACUCAAACUGUUCUCUGAUUUAAGCUGCUAACCCUCCCUUAGUCUCCUACACAUGUGGGCUCUCUGGUCUCCACAUUCUAAAGAAGCAAAGGAACCAUAACCACUUGAAUCCUCAGAAUCAGAAGAGAUGUAAUUACACUGUUUUGGAUAUUGUACCAUAUGUAUCAAAAGAUUCAUCAAGACUUAAUCGCUCACCUUUGACCAGCAGGGUGCAGUCACGGCAUCCGAUGUGGAUGGUUACAUGGAAGUGACAUGCCCCUAAGCGACCUAUUUUCUGUGGUAACAGAAUUGUUCAUUUCCUCUCUGAAAAUGUGGACUACAGCCUAGUCCACAACCCUUCUAAACGUGAAAGGCUCGCUACCCUCCCUCCCUCUUUAGACGUGUCCUCACCUCAUGCUCUACUACACCCCACACCUCUGUGUAAUAUGCACCGACAUCCUGUUCAUUUUUUUGUGUUUUUUUCUAACUUGAUUUCAUACUGGAAAGUAGUUAUUAUUACGACUACGGUGGUGUUGAUGAAUACUUUCUUGUUAUUUUAUUUGAGUGACUUGUCUGUUAAUGCCCCCUGUAUGUAGCUUUAAAACCAGUCUCAAAUCACAGCAAAAGGAGGCAUAAAAAGACCAUUUAGCAGUGCAGGGCUACACAUGAGGCUGAGAGCAGCCUUCUAAAAUGUGCCCGUUACUAUUGGAAUGUCCUGCCACCGCUGAGAGAAUGUCAUCUAGAUUGACCACUUGAAGCACUUCUGUGUACAUCCAUACAUCCAGUGGUAGUGUUGAGGUUGUCAUUAAUUUAAGACUAUGCAUAAUAAACAGAGAGAGAGUUGUCAGCACUUUGAGAUGAUUUCUCCACACAUCUCUAAGUAUAGAGUUAUCCCAGCACCUUAAGUCAACCUCACUGACGCCUUAGCCAACCUUCAUUCAAAGUCCCAUUCAGGACAAGGACAGGUAAAGGGGAGAGUACAGUAGGUUCUCCUGGAGGAGGGUGGGGAGGCGGAGCUAUGUGGUUAGAGCUGGAGAGACGGCGGUUUAGGACCGACACUUCUUCCUGUCACAAUUCAAUGGUCAUUUUGUCUUUGUGGACGAGAGAUCCUCCCGGUGUCUUGGAAACACCGUUGUACAUAGCUGAUGGACAGUCUCAGUACAGACACACAGAGAUGGUGAUGUCUCCAGUUUUAAAAAGAAUGGAUGGAGAAUGAUGUUUAAUGGUGUUCAUUGAAAACCAAACAUUUUAAUGUGUAGUAAUCGUUAUACUAAUUGAAGCACUAACACACAGCCGUUAUAUUGACUUCGCUUGGGAUGUAGGGAAAUGUUGAGAUUUGUAAUCUCCAGAUCGCAUUAAUUCAUUAUUUAUAACCCUGGGCAUUUGGCAUGUAUGGUUUUGAUAGAAAUGAUGUCAGCUGUAUACUGCACCUUCAGCCUACUACUCCUCCUCUGGAAGGGAGACUGAAUGUCUUUCUGGUAGCGACUUCCACUACAGGGUUCUAGUUGGAAUAACUGUUGCCACUGGGAGGGUUUAAAUAGGAGUGAAGAGAGUCUCUUCACAGAUGGGAUUUUCUACUGAUCAAUAUCAUUUGAUUCCUCUGAUGGUAAUUUGAUCAUUUAUUUUUGCUGGGUGAAUUUUGGGGUUGGGAUGGAUGGGGGGGGGUGUGAGUGACAAAUGGACUACAUUGAUGUUUUGAUUUGCUGAUAAAUAUUGAUGGUGCGCAGGGGGCUGGAGUUCAACUUUUGUUGCUCUUUCUGGUGUACAUAUACAUCCUGCCUGGAGAACCUGUCCAAACUAUAUAGAGCCCAGUCCAAUACCUUGUACCCCUUACAGAUUGUGGUACAGGUUGAGGGUGAAUUUGGUAGGAACUGUCUAAAACCAUAUUUUCUGGGCAGAAUGUGCUUUUCUUCCCAUACAUUUCCCAUCAGGUCUGUCUACAGUGACUGUGCUGCUAGUGGGUGUCUCACUCUGAUCUCAGCUAACUCCAACUAAAGCCUCUGGGAAAUGGAGUCUAUCCAUGCUCCAAAAGGUUUCAAUCUCUUGACCAAGUAUUGAACCCCUACUAUGAGGAAAUUGGGCUUACAUUUAUUCUGUCACUCUCUGAUGUUGAAGAGUCUUAAGGGAAUCAAAAACGUCCCCUUCUUAUGAAUGUGUCCCUGUCACCUGACAGUACCGGUCACUGUAGCCUGUCCCCCUACACCCCAUCUCCUGAUCUGUAAAGUGUAAGAUGUUGGUGACGACCUUUUCUCCAUACUGGAUGCCCCCCCACACUCUCCAUGCUCUGUAUCAUUCAUCUUGUGGGUGGGGGGAACUGACCUGCAUCAAUCUUUCUUUAGUUUUUGCAAAGCCUUGUCAAGUGCCUCUAGUAAUUUCCUGGAUUUGAAUAAACAAAUGAACCCAUUUGGAACAUGAGCGCUAAAUAAAGAGGUGUUGUGUACAAUAAA